CAGUAUUUGCAUGUUAAAAGACAAAAGUCACGGAAAACUCAAUUAUGUCAAGAUAAAAAUAAUGCACGAACUGGUUGAGAUUACAAAACAAUCCUAGGAAGGGAUGCCUUUGUAGUGAGCGCCGCAACGUUGGAAAUGGGAUUUGUUUGGGAAAGUGAGCAUUUUUUAAAAGUCGAUGGAGGGGCUACAGGAUUGAAGAAGCUGAGGGAAAACUUUGGCCAAACUUGGAGCCUUUCUCUGUGCAUGGAUGAAAACCGAGCAGAAUCCUGGAGGGGAAAAGUCCUGCAGAGGUCAAAAUGCAACGUUUCCUCGCUUGGAUUACCUUUUAAUUCAUAAGUUCAGUUGUAAGCAACGUUUUCUAUUUUUAUUUUUGGAAGUCCUGCCAAAAAACAAAAGUGUGGAUGAGAGAAAAUGGGGGAGUAAAAUGCUAUUGUGGAUUACAACGACAGAAAAGUAAGGCACCUAUGAAGUAAAAAAGUUGAAUAAAACGAAUAAAAGGGGAACGCACAAUGGCAGAAAAGGAGCCGGGAAAGAAGGUAGCUGUGUAUCGGAGCGUUUCUUUCAAAAGACUUGAAAGCUGGAGCGCAAAUAAAACUCGUUCGGCAACUGAUGAUCAACAACACAAAUCAAAAGAUUUAGAGAGCGGCGCCCAUCCCCCUCUAGCUACAGAAGGCGCAGUCGAGAAAGCGCAGCCCUCGGCUACGCGUAGUGUUGGUGUGUCAAGAAAAGUUUCCAAAAUUUCAGCUGCCAACGUUUCGACCGCAGAUUUUAAGAAAAACUCUCCUCACUCGAUUUCGCCCUCGAUACGCCAGCUUUCAGAGAAGUUUAACACCGCCACGGAGAGGACGCCAGCUCCGGCUCCUGUCAGUAAAGGGGUCUCCAAAGGCACAGCUCCGAACAGGAGUAAAUCCAGGAAUGAGGGACUUUUACAGAAGUUGCGGCAAGAGGAGAAAGGAUAUUUGCCGAUCUCGGAUAGAGAUCCAUUAGGGACUGCUGCGAGCAAAGCUCAGGCGGAGCAGGACUUAGUUUCUGAAUCCGUUUUAACCCACGGGACAGUGAAAACUCACGGAGGGAUUAUCGACAGAACUGCGAAUACAGGUACACCGAACUCAGGUAAGAAAGAUUAUUUUCCAACCGCUGCGCCGCCUGGCACGCCGACUAGUUUGACAAAGACCGUAACCACCGAAGAUGAUGUUUGUAUCGAGGGAGCCUCGGCUGGCAAGUCGCAGCGUGACAUUCUCACAGCAGACACCCCUUGUGUUGAAAUGACCAACUGGCCAAGCGUUACAAAAAUUAGAAAGCUAUUUGGAGACGGCCACAGAAAGCCGCACAGGUCAACGUCUGACGCUGACGACCUGAAGUCUGCAAGUCAGCACUUCGGCUGUGUGAAAGAAAGUGCGCUGACAGAUAUAAGUGAGAGACAGUCGCCGCCACCGCCACCAAAACUUUGGCAAGCCAGCCCUGAGGAUGAUCGUGGUGUGUGCUGUGUGGACAGGAAGGACAGCGUUUUAAGUAACAAGAGGAGUACGGACUCGGAUAUGGACACUGUUUUCAGCACUAAACCCAUCGAUGAAGCUCAGUUUACCAGCCAGCAGCGACAGGACCAGCUCCCUGAUGUCUGCAGAACAAGGAGUCCCAGUGAGAAUGUGGAGAAUUGGACUGCAAAGGUAAACAGUGACCCCAGGCCCCCUCCCCCAGUUCCUCCGCCCAGGAGCAGCUCUGUUCCCCUUUCCCUUAGAGCCCAGUCGCUUUCCUUUGGUUGGCAGCACAAACAGGAGGCAAGACAGCAAUCAGAUAGUUUACAUUCUUUGCAUAGCUCUUCCAAACCACAGGCUGCCCCCUCGGCUGCUCCUGCCUGUGAUAAAGUGAGCUCCAGCGAGGAGGAGGAUUCCUACCGCAGAGGUAGCAGAGGCAGCUUCCCCUUGACUCACAACAGCAGCGGCGCUGGCAGGAACAAAAAUGGCUCCUGGGUCCGGCCCCCGGGGAGAUCGUCUGGCAGCGAAGAGGAUGGCCCGCCAGCAGUAGCCCACAACAAGGACAACGUUCGGCGGAAAUCCCUGAGGAAAAAGAAGAAGAAUGUGGGUGGGAGCAGCAACAAUGGAGAGUCUGACGACAGUUAUGAUGAGCCGCUGAUGGAGCCUUUUGAGAGACGCCAGUUCCCCUGCGACUUGGAGCAGUGGGUGUGUAAAGAUGAAGUCCUGAGGCCCAGGUCUAGCUUGACAGCUGGAGUGGACCGCCCUUCCCUCGCUGGCCAGCCCCGGGACCACCACACGUGCCCUGCAGUGGAAGGAAGUUAUUUCUUGCAGCGUUCUGGAGGACACGAGUUCUAUAAGCGUCAUUUCCAGAGCCCUUCGGUUGGCUCCUCCAUUCCGCAGGUUUCCCGAGUGUCCAAAGUCAACAUCUCUUCAUUCAUGCCCAGCCCUUGUGGCUCCCAGAGCAGUAGCAGGUAUUCAAGCACAGAGACCUUAAAGGAGGAAGACCAGCCUUCGACUGGUUCUUCUCUGAUGAGCAAAAGCUUUCAUGGCAAUUUCACCAUGUACAGGUCACCCAGUUUCAGCCAGGGUGAUUGUGUUCCCAGACCUCAGGUACGCGUACGACCAAAGCUGCCAUUUGGUAUCGUAAGAGUUCCCAGUGAGGGCUUGUCUGAGAACAGGAGCCCCCAUGCCUUUGUCAACGAGAAAGCGAAACACAGGAUGUCCGUGUCAAACCCCGACAUUGCUUCAGAAACGCGCACACUGCUCAACUUCCUCAAAAUGGAUCUUUCUGAUCUAAGGUAUCGAAAGAGAGGGAAGGGUGGAGGUGAUCGAAAUGAAGCCGUUUGCAGCCAGCAGGCCAGUUACCAGAACACUUCACCUUCCUACAGAGUGGGCUCAAGGGCCCAGUUCCCUCCACAAGGGCGUCUUUCUCUUAAGGAUCUGACCGCUACCUUAAGACGUGCCAAGUCUUUUACUUAUUCUGAAAAACCAGUAGGGCGGCGACAGUCUGCCACUGGCACGAUGAAGCAGAGUCCCUCUGAGCAAAUGCUGGACACCUUGGGGGACAGAUACACUGCUGUUCCCGACAGGGAAGUGCAGAGUGACGUCGGCCAGAGAAGUGAUGGCUUUGACGAUGAGUUGCUAAGCCCACUACGAGACCAGUACAUACAAGAAGCUCGACAGGUUUUCAGAGAUAUCAGCCAGAUGGGGGCUCAGCAGGAAUAUUAUUGUGGUGUGGAUUAUAAGGAAAAUGAAUGUUUCAAAAGGGGGGAGGAAAAGGACCAAGAGGAGGAAGGUGGAGCAAUCCCGGAAGAGAACAAUAGCUCGGUUGUGGGAAAUAAAAGAGAAAGUGUGAAAAGUUUAAAGAAGGUGGAAUCGGAUGAAAAUAUAUUUCGUGAGAAAUCGGUAGAUGAGUUGUCUGGACACGAGUCCAGUUUGACAGAUGAAGGAAUUGUUACAGAGCCAGAGACUGGGCCUUGUGGGAUUUCAUCUAGCAAAGACAUUCUGGGUAAGUCAGUAAAGGUGAGGAAGCAGUCGAGCAGUGGGCUUUAUAAGGAAGAUCUGACGGAUUUGCAACCUGGGAAAAUCAUUCCUACGCCCGAUCCAGUUGUUAGAACUGAAUAUGACGCUGUAGCAGUUGGGGGAGAAUCCAACUAUAAUAAAAGUGUAAGUCAAGGGCCUCUUGAAGCUCCUUCAACACCCAGCGCAAUCCGCCGAAGGAGAAAGUUUUCUUCUGCAGGAAACAAUGGUUCAGACUCCAGCAAUGGAAGCAAUGGCGAAUCGAGUGGGGAAGCCUACAGAUCUCUCAGUGACCCCAUGCCACACCGACGAUGUUCUAUCUCGGAAGACGCCAAGAAUUUCUCGGUCGAUAGCAACCUGCUGGGCUCACUCAACUCCAAGAACGGGAUGCCAGAGUCUUCAGCCACAGAUCUCUCUGAGUACACAGGCAGUGCUGCCAGUGACCUUUCAGUCUGCAGUGAUGGGCUGAAGGAUUACAGUACCGUCAUCCAGAGCAUUGUGAGGGAGCCUGGAGCCAUGGAUAAGUUGAAUGACGAAAAGGGCAAUGGAAAGACUGUGAAGAAGAAAUCCUUUAGUGAUCCCAGUCGCCGAGGGGAGUCUGACACACCUGGGUUCAAGGGCCCAAGUGAGCCAAUCAAUGAAAUGGACCAAUCCAUCAUACCAUCCAGUAGUGAGCCAAUCCUCUCUGAGCAGAGGGAUGAGCUGGGGGAGCUCCAGGAACUGUACAGGCCUGACGCAAAGCUCCGCUCCCAAUCCGAGCACAUGUUGCCCUCGCGCCUCGAGGCGGAUGCUUUGGAAGAGGCGCCGUGUUUCCCGUUUGACCCCAAGUUGGCGGAAGUCCUUUCUCCCCGCAUGGCAAGACGCAGCUCCAAGAAACGAAACAAUCGGGCCACGCAUCAGGAGGGCAGAGCGCACCAACAACCGGAUGAUGCCGAGCACCUGCACCGGCUCCAGCCAUCUCCCAAGCUCAGGCCUGCAUCGAAACAUGUCCGGCACGCCAGCGAGCCCGCCACUUUUGUCCCCAUCGUCGCACCCGAGACGCACCUGUCCCAAAGCCAUCCGGUUCACAUCACUGUUCCCGAACCCUCCAGACCACCGCAGAAACCGUACCCCGUCGUCCAAGCUCCUUCUCUGGAGGACGUAACCAAGCAGUAUAUGUUGACUUUGAACACUGUCGAUACACCUGUUCCCGUAACCCCAGAAACCUCUAGGUCAACACCUGCUACUCCAACCACAGGGGAAGCGAAGCUCCUGAGGAAGGCCAACGAUGACCUGAGCUCUGCAGCUCAGAAGAGCAAACCCCAAGUGGAUAUGAGAAAGCAUGUCAUGAUGACACUUCUAGACACCGAACAAUCCUAUGUGGAGUCACUUCGCACUUUAAUACAGGGAUACAUGAAGCCUCUGAAGCAGCCGGAAAACUCAUUCAUCUGUGACCCUUCCCUGGUGGAUGAGAUGUUCUACCAGAUUCCCGAAAUCCUGGAGCACCAUGAGCAGUUCCUAGAGCAGGUCCUGCUCUGUGUGCAGGACUGGCACGACAAGCAGAAAGUAGGCAGCCUGCUCAUCGAAUCGUUCUCCAAGGACAUACUUGUGAAUAUUUAUUCAGCAUACAUAGACAACUUUCUGAAUGCCAAAGACGCCGUAAGAAUAGCCAAGGAAGCCAAGCCUGCAUUCCUCAAGUUCUUGGAGCAAUGUACAAGGGAGAACAAGGAGAAACAAGCUCUGUCAGAUCUGAUGAUAAAACCAGUCCAGAGGAUCCCCCGCUACGAACUUCUUGUGAAGGACCUGCUGAAGCACACCCCGGAAGACCACCCCGACCACCCCUUCCUGCUGGACGCCCAGAAGAACAUCAAGAGGCUGGCCGAGAGGAUCAACAAGGGCCGGCGGAGCGCGGAGGAGGCCGAGAAGGAGACCCGAGUUCUGCAGGAGGUCGAGGCGCACAUCGAGGGGGUGGAGAAUCUUUUAAAUCCUCAGAGGAAGUUUCUAAGGCAAGAGAUGGUGGUGGAAGUGAAGACUGUGGGUGGCAAGAAAGACCGUUCCUUGUUCCUGUUCAGUGACUUGCUGAUUUGCACAACAUUGAAACGGAAAUCAGGGUCCCUGCGUCGCAGUUCCAUGAGUCUUUACACGGCGGCAAGCGUCAUUGACACCUCGAGUAAAUAUAAGUUCCUUUGGAAACUGCCUUUAGAAGAUGUGGAGAUGGUUAAAGGCACGUCUCAGGCCACCAAUCGGGAGAACAUUCAGAAGACGAUCGGGAGGCUGGAUGAAGACCUGAGCACGCUGGGUCAAAUCAGCAAGCUGUCCGAGACCCUCAGCUUCCCUCAUCAGGGCCUGGAUGAUGUGAUCAGGGACCUGAUGGCUGCUGUUCAUCGCGAGCUGGCAGAGAAGCAAUCGCUGUCCUUCAGCAUGACCUUCCUGCCCACGAAGGUGGAGCUGACCACCGCCUCCGCCGAGAACACCUUCGUCUUUGAGUUCACUGGACCGGAGGCGCGGAGCAACUUUGAACAGGCCUUCGAGGACGCCAAGAAGAAACUUGCAAUGAAUAAAGAUUACUGGGAUCCAGAAUUUCUGAAAGCUAUUCCAAUUAUGAAAACCAGAAGCGGAAUGCAGUUUUCCUGUGCGUCUCCCAGCCACAGCUGCCCAGAAAACACCUAUGAGGUGUGGGUGUGUAACAGCGAUGGCUAUGUAGGCCAGGUGUGCCUUCUGAACAUCAAGGAUGAGCCCACAGUGGAGGCCUGCAUUGCUGUCUGCUCAGCCAGGAUCAUCUGCAUCUCUGCUGUUCCAGGGCUCAAGGCCAGGGAUCGAGGGGAGUCUCUGCUUAGCCCACCCCCGCCCGAGCCAGCACCUGUUCCCUCGGAGCAGAACCUCCACAUCUCCAUCUCAGGCUCGUCCCUGGAGCUGGUGGGGCCCCCCCGAGGGCGGGGUCGAGAGCUCGUGCCCUUCGACAGCGACGACACAGAUGACGAGUCCUCGCCCAGCCCCUCCUCCACCCUCCAGAGCCAGGCCAGCCGCUCCACCAUCUCCUCCAGCUUUGGCAAUGACGAAAUGGUUGGCUCCAAAGAAAUGACGACCGAGACAACGAGCUCGGAGGAGGAGCAGGAGUUCCCGUCGGUGGCCAGCUCGUACGGCCCCCCUCGGCUCAGCAGCGACAGCCCCAUGGAUGGCCGGGCCAUGAGGCGCUCCAGCCGGGGCUCCUUCACUCGUGCCAGCUUGGAGGACCUGCUCAGCAUUGACCCCGAGGCCUACCAGAGCUCCGUGUGGCUGGGCACCGAGGAUGGCUGCAUUCAUGUAUAUCAGUCAUCGGACAACAUUCGGAACAGGAAGAACAGCAUGAAGAUGCAGCACUCAGCAUCCAUUUUGUGCAUCUUGUAUCUUGACAACAAAGUUUUUGUAUCUCUUGCCAACGGUGAAAUCAUUGUCUAUCAAAGGGAAGCAGGCAGUUUUUGGGAUCCCCAGAACUCUCAGACUUUGUCUCUGGGCACCCCCGGGAGUCCUGUGACCAAAAUGGUGCCGGUGACGGGGAGACUGUGGUGUGGCUGUCAGAACCGCAUCCUCAUUCUGAACACCAACACUCUGGCGCAGGAGCACACGUUCCAGAUUGGGCAGGACAGUAGCCGCUGCGUGACCAGCAUGGUGAGCUACGGCCAGGGUGUGUGGAUCGCCCUGCAGGGCAGCGCCCAGGUCCGGCUCUACCAUGCCGUCACCUGUGAGAGCCUCAUGGAGGUGGACGUGGCCCCUGCUGUGCAUAAGAUGUUGGCGGGGUCAGACGCCAUCAUCCGGCAGCACAAGGCAGCCUGCCUGCGUAUCACGGCUCUGCUGGCCUGCAAGGACCUGCUGUGGAUCGGCACCAGCGCUGGGGUGGUGCUCACACUCACCAUCCCCCCCGUCUCCUCCGGCACCAGCCCCCUGCGCGCUCCUCCCGUCCCCAUGGGCUCGGCGCACGGACACACGGGCCACGUUCGCUUCCUCACCUCCAUCGAGCUCCCUGAGGGAUUCGAUGUGGCCUUCCCGCUGCCUGGAGACCAAGGUAACCCGGCCACCAGCGGAGAAGGCGGGUCGGGCCUUCAGAGACAAGACUCUGCCCGCCGGCGUGCCUCCACCCUGCUCCAGUCCAAGUCCAACCUCCUCGUCAUCAGUGGGGGUGACGGCUAUGAGGAUUUCAUGCUCAACAACAGCAGCGAGACGGUGGGCCGGGAUGACAGCACCAACCACCUCCUGCUGUGGAGGCUGUGACCUGCUGCUUGCUGCAGUCAGACCUGCCCACAGCCCUUCCCCAGUACCGCAGGGGCAGCAGGCCUCUGGCUCCCCGCCUUCGACUUCGUCUUUUAAAUUCUAAACGUCUUCUACUUGGACAUCCAGUCUGUCUGUGCAUGGGUGUUUCUUAACACGGGGGGCGGGGGGGGAUGUGUGUGUGUGUGGGGGUCACUUAUAAAAAAAAGUUUAUUUUUUUGUCAAUUUUUUUUCCAUUCGGUGUAAGAAGUAUUAUCUCGCACGGCUUGUGUUGUUCCCGGCUCUGUCGUUGUGCUGAAACUGUUAACUUCAUGAGCAGCAGCAAGAGGAGGGGUUUGAAAAAGCAAAGCAAUUGUUUUUAAACAGGGAAAAAAAAAAGAAAAGUGACCGAUAAGCGUCUGAACUCUUUGUUGAAUUCCCCCAGUGCGAUUUCUCCCGGUCAGUGCCGCGCUGGCUUCCUCCAGAUGUUUCACCCCUGGGCCCUUGCUUUUAGGUCAGCCUUUCAGCCAGAAGCUUCCAGCUCUUUCCUGAAGGCGUCACUGAGCAUAUUUUUGAUUUUCCACAGGCUGGCUCAUAGUCAGCCUAAAGAGAGGUGAAGUGUAAAAGAAGAGGGAAGAGGGGGAAAUGAGGCGUAGCAAGUGACUAUCAAAAAGGUCUGAAGAAACGGAAGGAGGACGUUGGCAGAAUUCAAGAGAAGAAAAUCACAUAUUCUGCCCGACCAAUGUUUUUAUUUCAAUAGAGGAAAAUGGUCAACACACAUCGAUUCUUGAUGGUGUGGUAACUACUGUUAAUUUCAGACUGUGAUUUGUGUCUCUACGAAUGAAGAUUUUUUUUUAAAUCUCCUUUUUUUUUAUUAAUUGAAGAGUGUAAGAGAGCAUAGACAAUAACCAAUGUGCAAUAAGUGGCCUGGGGUACCUGACAGGAGAUUAUAUAUAAUACAUAUAUAUCUUAGUCUGUGGGUUGAGAUAUGAAUUGGCUUGUGUCUCUCUUCAGUCUUAAGAACCACAGUUUAGUUACUGACACAUUAUUCACUUUAUUUUUUGUUACAUUUUAAAGUUUAUAUUAUUGUUAUUUGUUGUUGUUGUUGGACCACCACAGUACUAGAGAAAUCUUAUUCCUUUCUGUUCAUGGUACCAUACCAGUCAUGUUUGUACAGUAUUUAUGUUUUAUUUUAAUUGAGUUAUCUUUUUACAGCACUUAAUUUAUACAUUUUUCUUUAGUGUGGGCCAGAAGGUGGGGCUGAGGUUGAGUGGCUAGUUUGAGAGUUACAUCGUGAAAUCUCUCGCCUCACUCAGGAGCUGCAGCUGAAGUGUUUGAAAGGUGUUAGAUCACAGGGCUCCAGUUACGGUUAAGGAGAGAACCAGUCCAGUCAGGCUUGAAGGUCGUUUUAAAUCACCUGUUUCUGUAAAGAGGAGGAACACUGUAAAUGACUGAUGAUUUAAUCAAGUAAUUUUUUCAAUCGAGGGAACUCUGGUCUGUGAGGGUCCUGAAAGACAUUCCGAUUUUUAUUCCAGGUGAUCUCUAAAUUACUUAAUAUACUGUAGCAAAUCACCUCUUACAACAGAUUAUAGAUGAAUUGUUCCAAGUCUUCAGAAAUUAAUGAUUUAAUAUACACUUGUAAAACCUGCUGGAUGUGGUUUGAGGGAAGAGGUUUGGAGACCCCUGCAGUUAAUUGUUCAUAUUUGUUUUAUCCCAUU